CCUAAUUCAAGCCAUCAUAACGCAGUAUUUUCUUGCCGGUCAUUUCGUUGUAAAAACUUCUAUCCGUAAUCGUGACUUUUGACAACAAAACUAAGGAUGUUCUCCCAGUCGCGUCUUAUUCUACAAGCCAACAAGAAUGCUAUUCGAGCGACAGCAUCGGCCAUACCGUCGACAAUGAAAAUGACGACGGCAGCACGAAUCCUUUCUACUGCGAGUUCUAUUCCUUCUUGGGCUACGGUAGAUCCAAAAGAUAUGGGGAUCGACCCGGAGCCGCACGCGGUGAGAAAUCUGGUGGAUGGAAAGUGGCAACCUACAUCGUCGGAAACCAUUGUCAUUCCGCAUCCCCUCGAUGCAAAUGCACCUCCUAUCUUUACGAUUCCUGACACCCAGAUCUUGGAGCUCGAUCCUUUCUACGAAAGUUUGCGGAAAGUUCCAAAGUCAGGUCUGCACAAUCCUUUGAAAAAUCCAGAACGUUAUGUGCAUUAUGGAGAAAUAAGUCGAAAGGUGAGAAAGGAAACCUUCAAACGCACACACUUUGGAAAAAACACAACAUCUGGACUUAUGGGCCGACGCACAGCGAAACUGGAUUUAUUUGCUUGAAAGGCCUUUUUAAAAAGUUUCGUGUUUCAUUUAGAUUUAAUAGUUGAUUCGUUGACGCUUUCCUUCUUUUCCGUGUUUCAAACAAAGGCUGGAGCCGCUCUCUCAGAUCCCAAAACCGCCGAAUUCUUCACGCAGUGCAUAAUGAAAUGUGUGCCAAAGUCGCACGGGCAAGCUCGUGGUGAGGUGAAAGUAACAGCUGAUUUUCUCAACAACUUUGCCGGUGACAAUGUUCGACGCUUGGCGAAGUCCUUUGGUGUUCCCGGAGACCACUACGGCCAAAUGUCCGUUGGACACCGAUGGCCCUACGGACCGGUCGCACUGAUCACUCCAUUCAAUUUCCCUUUGGAGAUUCCUGUCUU